AGUCAUCCCUUCCAAGUGAGCAAAAGAAUUUCGAAAAUCUUCGUUCAAAAGCGCAGGUGCUGCUUUGGUCCGUGAAGGCGGUGUGGAUCCACGGGGAUGGCGUUCGAAAUAGCUGGACCCAGCAGCAGCAAUAACUCAAGUCAACGGAGAGCAACCACUGAACCACCGCCUGAAAAUGAGCUACAACUUGGACUUCACGAGGCACAGAAGAUGACAUGGAAUGCUAAAGUCGUGUAUCACACGAUCGACAAAUGUCCGCAUUGUGAUCCGAGCAAAAAACCAUCAUGCCUGAAGGAAGAUGAACAUAUGGCAGUACUCGUUCAUGAUAAAACACUUGCAUUUAUGAAACCAUGCUAUAUUACAGUAUCAAAAACAGAUGAAACUGGUGAUCAUGAAUUAUCAUUUCGAAUUGAAACAACAAUUCUCUCCGAAGCAAAAAAGACGAAUAGUGCUGCAAGUAUUCAUCGGAGCGGACCGUCGAGUAAUCGAAAUUCGAGAGUUUAUGAUGAGGCCGCCCGUCAGGCAGUGCUCGCCGAGUUGGAUAAAGAUGAAGAUGUUGUUGAGAAGAAGAAAUCGUCGGUUAUGAUUGGAAAACCUGAAGAUGUGACCUGUACAUUGUCCCUAGCAAAAGGAGCCCCAGGGCUUAUCACGAAUCGGAUAGAUUUUCUGAAACAAAAUGAUAUUGUGAAGUGCACUUUGGAGACAGUUGAUACGGUAUCCCUUGACAAUGUGCAAUUAACAUUCCGAGAGCAAUAUAUGAGCCGAGCCGAUAUGUAUCGUUACCGUAGUUGCCUGAUCGGACGAAUGACAUAUGUAGAAGAACCGAAACGAUAUAUGAAUAUAAAUACUCGUAUUUCGGAUAUGUGGAGAAAAGGAUCAUUAGUCAGAAGUGGAUAUGUUACAGAUAAGACACGUGUUGUAUUCCGUUCAAGUUCAAGUACAGUACUCAUAUUUAUUCAAAUGUGCUCUGAAAUGAAUCAACUCGAUCCGCAAGGAGAUUUGUAUUUGGAAAAAUGUAUUAAAGGAUUUUUAACGGAAUUAUUCUUGAAAUGGAAAGAACAAUCAUGUACACAUUAUGUAUCAAUUAUUCUGUGCUCACGGUGGUAUGCGAUCGGAGGUGUAGAUGAUGCAGCGAAAAGAUUCAUGAAAGGUGCUUGUGAUCAUCGUGGACGAUAUUAUCAGGAUUUCUAUCGUCUUUUAUUCCAAAAUGAGCAUUAUGAAGAUUGGGCUGAUAAACAGCUCAAAGAGAUAAACGUUGGCUGCAGCAAAUACUCUUCACAAAUUCAGGAAAAACUGAAAGAAAUGCUUCCACAGGUUCAAUUCGAAGUUUCCACGGCUGCCGAUGGAAAUUUCUUGCAAGUUGUGAAUAUGAGUAUGAAUUCGUUUAGUAUGUAUCAUUCGGAUCGAAGAUUUGAGACCACUGGACAACAAAUCAUCUUCGUGACCCCAGGAAACGGAGUUCUCCACGUGGAUCGUGAUUUAGUCAGUUUAACGAAACAACGUGUAAUUGAUAUGGGAAUCUCUUUGGAUAUGGUAUGCCUUGGAGAACAACCUCUACACGCCGUUCCACUUUUUGUAUUUCAUCCGAUAGUUGGACAAAUGGAUAAGAAAUGUGAAUAUUUCAUUCCACAUUGGAUGAAUUACUCGUAUUAUCAAAUGGCUCGACGUUCAGCGAUUUCUGUGCAAUUUCGACCUCGAAUUCAACUUCCCGCAGCGGUUUUAUCAGCUCCGAAGAAGAUGAUAAUGGGAUCUACGGGAACUUUUCGAUGUUUUCCACAAUCAGUUGAGAAAUAUGGUGGAGAUUAUGAUGCAAAGAAGUUAUCAAAUGUAUGUGCAAAGAUUCAAUUAUUACCGAAAGAAGAAGCAAAUGAUAUUGAUGCUGUUGUACGAGAUGCACCGGAAGCUGGUAGAAGGCAACUUAGAGAGAUUUUGGGUUUAUCUCCGGACAAGGUGAAACCGAAUUCCGAUGAUAAAACAAAAACCUCCGUCCGAGAACGAAAAGAGACUGACGGAGAGCCUUCUGAAGAUAAUAAUACUCAAAAAGCUGCACCAAUUGCUAGUAAUCCACCUCCACCUCCACCACUUCCACCACCACCACCAUCAGUUGAGAAGAAGAAAUUGGAGCCACAGGAUCGAGAUAUUGCUGGAUCGAAAAUUAUCAAGAAGAAUUCUGAAUCAAGUACUUAUGGAGGAUCAGUUCGGCCAGUUUCUGCAGCAAAGGAUAUUGAGAAGCCAGCACCUCAGAGAAGUCUUCCGCCGUUGGUACCCAAUGCAGGAGGUUCUUCGUGGAAUAAUCAGAAUCGGCCAGAAUCACCUCGUUCAGCAUCAUAUGAAUCGAUGAAAAUGCCGCCAAGCUCAAUAGGUGGUUCAAUUGAAAUUGGCUCUUCAGCUCUAACCAAACUUCGUGCCACAUCUCCCUCACGACGUGGAACAAUUGAUGGAUCUACGACGACACUGGCAAAUAAUGAUUUAACUGCUGUAUGGAAACGACAAAAUGGCCAGCUGAUAAAUCCAUUUCGACCGGAAGAUUUUGCUGUUCAAGUUACCGCGAAUCGACGUCGCUGGAUUCAUGUUUUCCCGGUUGAUAGCUCUGGAAAAUCGAAACUUGCACAUCAUUUUGUAUCGGGGCAAAGUAUUGUGCACAUAGUUGGUGCACCGGAUGAGCAGAAGAAAAUUGUGGCUCCUUCAGAAAUUGGCUCAGUGGAUACAGUUUCAAUAAGCAAGAGCCCUGAACAACAAAGCAGCUCAUUAACAAGAUCAAGACGUGGAGCCAAUAUGGAAGAUGAUCGUAAACACUCUUCAAAAUCGAAUUCCGCUGGAAAUGCGAGUAAAAAGUACAAAGUAUGGGCAUGGGGAUCAACUGGAGAAGAGAAAUGGAAUGUUGAUAUGGAAAUUGGAACCGAUUGGAAAUCACUUGUCAGAUCUGCAUUACUUCCAAUUACAACUGAUUUCUUUCCCGAUGGACAAACAUUACAGACUCAAUUUAGAAUGAAUGAAUAUUCGAUUGAAGUUACAAAUAAAUCAUUGGAGGACUAUAGAAAUGGGUUGUAUGAGCAGGAUGAAUGUGCAAUUAUUGGAACUCCAUUUGAUUCGUUAGAAAUGAGCAAUAGUCAUCAUUCGGAUGUUCAAACUACCUUACAAACUCAAGUUAAAGAUCAAAGAUAUCGCCGGAUUCGAGAUCGAAACGAGAAGCCUACGAUGGCUCAACUAGUCUAUGAGCAACUUAUUCUACAGAGGUUACAGCGAGGAUAUCAGAUUGUGUUGCUUGAUAAGAGUUUGGUUGAAGUGAGCUGUGAAGCUGCAAAGAAACCAUCGAGCAGUCGACCAGACUUAUCAAGAAAACAAGUGACAAAAAGUGAAAAAGAACGAGUCGGCAGUGGUGGAUCGGAACGAAGUCGAAGUAAUCCACGAACAAUACAGAAUCCGGAGAUUGUUCUUUCAUUCAACAAGUUUUAUCAUAAAUUGGCAUUGGAAAAGGAUGUAGUACGGAUCACACUGUUCAGACCGAAAGCCGAGAAAUCGGAUGAAGUUGCCGGAUUUCCUGGAUGGUGUGAACGACCGUCGAUGCGAAAUGAGGAGAAUCUUGAUGAAGCUAUUCGACCAUUUAAGAAGAAUGCUCAUGAUGAUGAGCUCAAUUCGAGAUAUUUUAAUACUACUUAUAUGUAUUAUUUCCAGGUUCCGGAUGCAUCAACAUACGAAAAAAGUGCCACAAAACUGCGUCAUCAUGAUCUGGAUAAAUUGAAUUGGUCGGCAUUUGAUAGUGCAUUCAAGAAUAUAUUCUCUGAUAUUCUAUACACUGAAUCGAUGAAAUGUUUCUCAGCAUCAUUCCUGGUAGUCUUCCAUCCAACGGAUAUUCUCAAAACGAAAUUAAUCGAAAAACAAACCGAAGGAAAAGGAAUCGAAUUUCGUGAUCCAAAAGAAUUUGAAUCGCCGAAUGAAGCAUGGUAUUCUCGACUCACGAAACUCUUAUUAUUGAUGAAUAAACUACAGUAUCAGGGAAUGGUACCGGAUCCGAAUUCUCUUCAAGAUCGGCAGCAGAAAUGGAAGAAUAAACCACAAAAUUACAAAGCAAUUGUCGAAGAUUUCAAGAAAACUCCAUAUGUUGGCCUGAAAAACACAAAUGAGAAGCAAAUGAGUGUGGCUCAUCCGGCAAAUAUGUUUGUCGUCUAUGAUUUUGCACUUUGGCUCAGAUAUAAUGUGGAAGAAAUUAGCAAAUUCGAGAUAGCUGUGAAUCUAAUUCGGCGACUCGCGGAUUCAAAAUUUAUUCAGGUUAUCACUUCAAGUUCAGAAGGCAAAUACGGAUCGGAAUCGUCGUUAAACUCGAAGAAAAUGUUCAAAUUCAAAGCUGAAUAUGGAUUCCAACUGUGUUAUAUCUCGGAUCCUGACUUUCCCGAAAAUUCGAAAGUAUCGAGAUUCAUGAUGGUUGAAUAUAAAAAUAAGAUAUGUCAAGAAGAGGAAACUGAAUGUAAAUGGCAAUUACAAGGAGAUAUAGAUAUGGAAUUGGCACCACCAACUCCUGAUUCACCGCUUGGAGAAUGGACUCGGAUAACCUACGAUCACUGGUUCUACCCAGACACAGCAUUCCGAAUCACAAUGAAAUGGGUAAUGGGUACUGGACAAACAGUUGCUGAUACAGUACUCUCAUGGUUCAACAAAGCAAGUAAACAAGGAAUGUCACUAUAUCCAGUACCAGAAGAUCCAUUCGCUUUGGCACAAGAUACUCAUUCAAAUCCACUUCGAUGUCCAAUACGUAUUCAAUUGAAAGAGAAAGUAGUUGCACAUUCGGAUGAACGAGAAUUUCUUCUUAAAAUUCUAUUCCGAUUCGGAUUUAUUGAUAUUGGAUGUAAUGUGAAGCAUGAUUUCUCAUCACCUCGUACUGAUUCAUCAUCAUCUGAUCAUACAAAAGCACUAUCUUCUCCAUCUCCGACAUUACAAUUGGAAGGAGAUGAUGGAGAUUUGGAUGAUGUUACAAUAUCUAUGAAUUACAUUCAUCAGGCUGGUGGAAUGUUCAUUUCACUUGUUCUUUCUGAGAAUCCAAAUCGUCCACCGUUCUUCUACUGGGCAUGGAAUCAUUUGCUUAGUAAUCGAUAUAGAGGUCAAUGUUCUGAGAAGUUCCAAGAUUAUCUCUUAUCGGAAUUCCGAGCAGUGUGCUCCGACAAAAACGACACACUAACUCAACUUUAUUCGGAUUUCAAGAAAGAAAAACUACAAAAACCACGACCGGCGACUCCUCCGAAAUUUGAUUAAUUAGAUUUCAAGCAAUUCACCCUUUUUUCUCAAUAUGGCUUUUAUUCUCCCUUUCUUUUUCAUUCCAAAAAAAACUUUUCAUAUUAUGUUUUCCAUUCAUUUUUAAUGAAUCAUCCUAAUUCAGAUUUUAGCCAAUUUCAGUUUUACUAACCCCAAAAAUUUUUCUUCAGUUUUUUUAAAUUUAUUUUUAUACUUUUUCUUAGUGUAUUAAUUUAUUUUUAUCUCUUAUUACUCUCAUUCUAUGUUUUUUUGUUGCUUUAAACAUUUUCUAAGCAACCUUAUUUCCCCCCACACACCGGUCAGGACCGCCACCGCUAGAUUUUGAAUUUUAGUUGAUUUUUUUCUUUGAUUGUAUUAUAUGUUUUUCUCUUGUUAUUCUAUGUCUUAUUUUUUUCCGUAUUUUCGGGUGUUCUCAUCAUCGUCGCCCGUCGUAUUUCAUUCAGUAUUUUAUGUUUUCAUCGGUUUUUAUACAAUUUCAAACGGAUUUUUCACCCUUAUGAAAAGAUUAUUCAUGUUUU